GCCGCCGCUCCCUUGGCCACCCUCCAUCCAAGCUAAACGCCGAUGGCUACCUGACUACAAAGUGCAUCAGCGUCACAGAACCAGGUAUUACUUUUUUUAAGCUAGUGCUAUUUUCUGUCCCUCUACCCACGGCCGAUGAGUUCCUUUUGGGAAACCGAUCCGUGAGCCGCUGAGCGCCCUCCUGUAGCCUUGUCCGCUGUGUGAUCAUGUCUGCCUGGCCACACCCGCCAAUCCCCGAAUGCUGGCUUGCUUGCUGCCACUGCUCGAUAUUCUAUUUAUACUAUUGGUACCCUUUGUCAUAGUCAUAUGCUUUGUUGUCUCUUGGCCCCCAACCAACCACACUAAAUAACGUUCUAUUCUUCCUUUCAAGGCUCUGCUUACCAGCCCAGCUGACCCUUGCCCGUUCAACGCUUUUAUUCUCAGCGGUCCCCUCUGGACUUUGAUCAAUCUGUUUUUUUAGGAGUUGUACUCUAAACAUUAGCACCCAUGUGCUACGGAAAUAUUCUUUUACAUCCAUCUCGACGUUCAGUCUGCCUCUCAGCGAGAGCCCACCAAGACAUGGUAAACCUCAGUAUUACAGAUGAACCGUCCGCUUCUUCACCACAAGCAUCACACAAUGCCUCAGAUACAGCGCAACAAUCUAGCACCAUCCCAUCGUCAUUGUAUGAGCUACUGGCGUUAGCCCACGAAGCCAACACACGUUACAAGAACCGCAAGGCAAAUUCCGCUGCACAUAUGGUGUUACGAGCAUCACAGCAGAAGCCAGUGUGCCUAAAGCCCGUCGAUCCUACAAAAGUUUCCAAAAGCAACAACUGUCAAAAAUCAAAAGUGUCUGCUGGGCCUCCAAUAUCGCCACAGCAAAAAUAUGCUACGCCCCCCGACGAAGGGUCAUGAGUCCACGCCGACGUUCUCCCUAGAUUAUGAGUCCUGAUGAUAUUUUGACAACUUUAAGCGACAUUCCAGGCGUUUUAUUUUUACUUCAAUCCAGUGCUGAGCACUCAUUAACUGUUGGCCGCAAAUGCCUUUUUAUUUUAAUAGCCAGAGUGGAAUUUUUUAUUUCUGUUGGAGAUACCCUACAUACAAAGUCGUCUAGCAUUAUUCGCACCUAAUACUUUAUUCACGUAAAAUUAAAAGUUAUCUG